AUGCCAUUAAACGAAGACGAUAAUAAAAUGAUGGAUGAGAGCACGGAACAACAAGAACAGCAAGGCUCAUCAUCAUAUGACGGAUUGGUCGAACAUCCCUUUGCAUCAUCAAAGCAAGACUUAAAUUCUGGCAAUAACGAAAUUGAUAAAACCGAUGAAUUGGAAACUUCAACACCAACUCCUGCUGUUUCCGCGGAAGAAGAUAAUUCAACUCCAUCAUCAUCAGGAGUGGAAAAUACAAUUACAGUAUCAUCCUCUGAUUCAAAUGCUGAUAUAGUAGGAACUAAUGAUGAUGAAGAUAAGGCGCUAGCCAUCACUUCGGAAUCGGCUCAAUGUAUUAAACCUGUAACUACAGCCCUCACAAAGAAAUCUCCUUCCAUUAUUGAUGUUACAAAAAUUAAUUUUGAAGAAAAAUUAGCUGAAAUCAAAGAAUUGCUGCCCAAGACAUCGUUUAUUAGCUUCGAUCUUGAAAUGACUGGCUUGGAAUUAGACGAGGAACACAAAAUCAUGCCCAUCGAUACAAUUGAAGACAGAUAUUUAAAGUUAAGAGAUAGUGCAUCUCAAUUCGAAGUGGUUCAAUUUGGUCUUUGCCUAUGGUUUGUUGAAAAACCUGAGGAUGAAUUUUCUAAUAUUCAAGACGAAACGGAACGCUUACGACAAAUGUUGAAAAGUUCACUGGCCAAAAAGACUUCUCCAACUGCUGCAUCUCCUAAAGUCACAGCAAGGCCAUAUAACUUUUAUCUUUUCAAAGCUCCCUCUCGAAGCUCUAGUGUCUUCUCUUGUCAAAAUACUUGCCUUCAAUUUUUAGUUCAGAACAAGAUGGAUCUUAAUAAGGUUAUCGCUCAUGGUAUUACCUACAUGAAUGAGAUCGAAGAGACAACCACAAGAGAAAACAUUACAAGAAUUGUUAAAAGCAAAGCAACAGGGUCUGGAACGAGAAGAAGACCUAACGAUAGAGGCGAAAAAAUUGACAGUAGCCGUUUGACACCUGAACAACGAGAGUUUUUGGAAAAUUGUAAAGAAAGAGUCGCCGAUUGGGUAGCUAACUCUACCGAUGCAGAGAUCGACCUUGAUCCUUGUAAUGGGUUUGAACGAAAAUUCUUAUUUGAGGAAUUGGGAUCUUUAUAUGAAGGCAAACUUGUACUAAAUACCAUCAACACAGGCAACAAAAGACUAUCAUUUAUCCGUGUCACAAGAGUCGGCAGCGAAACAACAGAAGAAAGAAUUAAUAGAGAAAUUGAAGAGGCAGUGAGUCAAGAACUUGGAUUUUCUAGAGUCAUUCGAGAGCUUACAAAACACAAACAUUUAAUUCUAAUUGGACACAAUGCGAUGUUGGACAUGAUGCAUGUCGUUCAUAAAUUCAUCAAGCCCCUUCCUGCAUCGUCGGAAGAAUUUAAGGCAAUUGUGAGAGAAAAUUUUGAAAAUGUAAUUGACACCAAAUAUAUCUGUGAAACCUACCCACAAAUCUCAUCAGCAUUAGUUAGAGACACUUCUCUACGAACAGUCUUCGACUACACGUUGCACAGAACCGAUGCUGGGGGACCCAGAUUUGAGAACUUUGACGAAUUUUAUGAAGGAAUUAAAGACUUUGACCAUGUUGCAGCAUUUGACGCCUUUAUGACAGGUUUUGUAUUCAUGAAAAUUAGUCAAAUCAUUGGUACCAAUCGAAACAAAAUUUUCCACGGAGUUGCCGAUUUAUCCCAUAUUAAGGAAAUGGUCAACAUUAUCAAUGUCAUGAACUGUGAUCACAAUUUCAAACUUUUGAAACCCAACCCACUCGAAGACAGAUCUGACGUGUUUUUGUUAACAGGUCUGUCGCAAGAAGUAACUAAUGAACAUAUCAAAGAAGCUUUUUACAAGUAUGGUAUGAUUAAGAUAUUUUGGAUAAAUGCUAGAUAUUGCUGGGUGAAGUUAACAAACAAGGCAUCAGGAGAUUACUGCAACAGGGAUGUGAUGGACGUUAUGAAUUGUCACAAUCAAGGACUAAAAACUCUCGUAUUCGAGAAGGGUGUGUCCGUAAUGAGCUACUAUCAAGCAAAAGAAGGUCACAUUCUUCCAACAUUAUCACAACUUAGCGAAAAGGAGCAAGAAACUCUCAAGAAGAGAAAAUCUAUCACCUCGAGCGAUGGUGGUGACGAUGAAAAUUAUCCAACUACACCCAAUGCCGCAAAUCUAAGCAUGCAAACAACUUCACCUGCAGGUACCUCAGCUGCGUUUUCUCCCAUGCAAACGCCACCAUCACAAAACAAACGAGCUCGUCGAAGCACCUCUUUACCUACCAAUGGAACAUCAUCGGGAGGAUUCUCAUGCCAGAUUCUUUAG